GGGCUCAUGUUGCCUUCCUCCUCCUCCUUCUCCUCGGAAACGGGAUGUGAUGUAAAUACACAGCAACUUUUUUUUUUUUGUUCCCGUGUCUUUGGAGUGUGCAGCUCUUUUUUUCUUCUCCUUCCAACACUUUGUUGAAGCAAAACAAGAAGAAGAAGAGAUAAAAGAGAGAGGAAAAAGUCGGACAGCGAACGAUCAGAGAGAUUGAAAGUCGCCGUUAGUUUCCUCCACCAUGAUCCUGUGAGCUCCUCCGUCUGUCUGCGAUAAUUGAACUCACCGAGCCGCCGGACUGGACCCGAGAAAAACGGAUCAAACCGGAGAGCAGCUCGCUGCUGUUGUGGAUCCGGAGAGAAACCGCGGACAGUGACCCCUGAAGAAUAAACUGCCUGCCCCAUCUUUAAUAACAGCCCCGGAAAGUCUUGUCUUUGCUGACCUCCAGUGGUUUGACUCGUCACCUUGCUGCAGUGAUGUACAGGUGUACUGCAGGACACUGUGACAUCACUGAGAUGUAGCGUGUGUGUUGGUGUGAUCGGCGGACCAUCAUGCACCUCUUCUUGCUGCUGAUCCUUCAAGCCACAGCAGCCUACGGACAGAUCGACCCCGCACACUGUCGCUAUGCCUUGGGCAUGGAGGAUGGACGGAUCAAAGACGAUGACAUCACAGCAUCCAGCCAAUGGUACGAGACCACAGGACCUCAGUACGCCAGGUUGAAUCGUGAGGAGGGAGACGGCGCCUGGUGUCCUGAGGGACAGCUGGAGCCUUCAGACAGUCAGUACCUGCAGGUGGACCUGGGCAGGCUGAUUUUCCUGACGGUGGUCGGGACUCAGGGACGAUACGCCAGGUACUCCGGGAACGAGUUCGCCCGAGCUUACCGCCUCAACUACAGCCGGGACGGCCUGCUGUGGAAGUCCUGGAGGAACCGGCUGGGGAACACGGUGAUGCAGGGCAACAAAAACGCCUACACCUCUGUCAUCAACGACCUGCACCCUCCGAUCAUCACCCGCUACGUCCGGCUGAUCCCAGUCACCAUACUGUCCACCACCGUCUGCAUGAGAGUGGAGUUGUACGGCUGUCCGUGGGAGGACGGUCUGAUCUCCUACAGCGCGCCAGAGGGUCAGCUCAUGAUGCCCCCUGGUUAUCCCAUCGCCAGCCUCAACGACUCCACGUAUGAUGGAGUACAUGAGAAGAGGAGGCUGUUUGGCGGGCUGGGCCAGCUGACGGACGGUGUGAUCGGCCUGGAUGACUUCCUUGUGACGCGUCAGAACCACGUGUGGCCGGGCUACAACUACCUUGGCUGGAGGAACGACUCGCUGGGAAGUCAGGGAUACGUGGAGAUGGAGUUUGUCUUCGACCGGCAGAGGAACUUCACCUCCAUGAAGGUUCACAGUAACAACAUGUUCCACCGUGGUGUGAAGAUCUUCUCCAACGUUUCCUGUUGGUUCAAGCCCCGCCUCAUAGCCGGCUGGGAGGUGGAGCCUGUGGCGUUCAAGACGGUGCUGGACGACAGGAACCCGAGCGCCCGCUACGUCACCGUGCCGCUGAACCGCCGCGCCGGCAAAUCCCUCCGCUGCCGCUUCUUCUUCGCCGACGUCUGGAUGAUGUUCAGCGAGAUCUCCUUUCAGUCAGAGGAUACCGUACUCCCAACCCUGAUGACCCUGGGGUCGACCUCCCCUUCAGUCAAGAAGGAGAGCACCAUGCCAACCACACUUAUGACAGCAGCCAGUCCAUCAGCCAGUGACCCGCCAGAUGAUGGGAACACGCCCAUUCUGAUUGGCUGCCUGGUGACCAUCAUCCUGCUGUUAGUCAUCAUCAUCUUCCUCAUCCUUUGGUGCCAGUACGUCUGCAAGGUGCUGGAGAAGGCUCCACGUCGGAUCCUUGAUGAGGAGGUAACAGUUCGGCUGUCGUCCUGCAGUGACACCAUCAUCCUCCAGACCCCCCCUGUGCCUCCCCGCUCCGGCCACGCCCCUUCAGGCCCUGCUAACACUGACCCUCACUAUGAGAGAGUUUUUCUGUUGGACCCGCAGUACCAGAACCCAGCGGUGCUGAGAAACAAACUGCCGGAGCUGUCCCAGAGUGCAGAGGCCUCAGCUCUCCUCCUCGGUAAUCCUCUCUAUGACCUCCUCCUGCUGACUUCCUGUCACUUGACGUCAGGCUGGCUGCGUGCGUGUGGCGGAGGCUAUGCCGAGCCCGACGUCACCCAGUGCACGCCGCACCAGUGUUUCCAUAGCAGCGCGCCGCACUACGCCGAAACGGACAUUGUGCGGCUGCAGGGCGUCACCGGCAGCAACAUGUACGCCGUCCCCGCCCUCACCGUGGACUCGCUCACCAGGAAGGACAUUUCCGCCGCGGAGUUCCCACGGCAACAUCUGAUCUUCAGGGAGAAGCUGGGGGAGGGGCAGUUUGGAGAGGUCCACCUGUGUGAGGCAGAGGGACUCCCAGAAUUCCUUGGGGAGGGGUCUCCUCUCCCUGACAGAGAUGGUCAUUCAGUGCUGGUGGCUGUUAAACAGCUGAGAGCCGAUGCCACCAGCCAAGCCAGAAAUGACUUCCUGAAGGAAAUUAAGAUCAUGUCUCGUCUCAACGACCCUAACAUCAUCCGGCUGCUGUGUGUGUGCGUGUCGUCCGACCCGCUGUGCAUGGUGACCGAGUACAUGGAGAAUGGAGACCUCAACAUGUUCCUGUCACAGCGGGAGAUCGAGAGCACGCUGACACACGCCAACAACAUCCCUUCAGUCAGUCUGUCCGACCUUCUCCACAUGUCGGUGCAGAUCUCGUCGGGGAUGAGGUAUCUCGCGUCUCUGAACUUCGUGCACCGCGACCUGGCCACCAGGAACUGCCUACUGGACCGCCGCCUCACCAUCAAGAUUGCCGACUUCGGUAUGAGCCGGAACCUGUACAGCAGCGACUACUACCGCAUCCAGGGCCGGGCUGUGCUGCCCAUUCGAUGGAUGGCCUGGGAGAGCAUCCUGCUGGGUAAGUUCACCACGGCCAGUGACGUGUGGGCGUUUGGUGUCACCCUUUGGGAGAUCUUCACUCUGUGUAAGGAGCAGCCGUACAGCCUGCUGUCUGAUGAACAGGUCAUAGAGAACACUGGCGAGUUCUUCAGGAACCAGGGCAGACAGAUCUUCCUCUACGGCCCUCCGCUAUGUCCACCCUCGCUCUUCGAGCUGAUGAUGCGUUGUUGGAGUCGCGACAUACCUGACCGACCCACCUUCGAGGGACUUUACCAAGCCCUGAGGCCCCAUGUCAACCAGUGAGCCAAGGCCGCUGGCAUGUCCCACUCAGCGGGUUUGUUCAUCUCUGGACUCCUGUAAGAUGACAGAAUGACACGAAAAAAACAGAGGACUGGAAUUGCGUUACAAGAGUAAAUCGCUGUCAGAGGGAAUGAAGAAACUGGCAGAACUGUGGUCAGAAGGUGGGUUUGCUUUGUAGUAAAAGCAGCACUCUGUUCUGAGAGACAAGAUGGAGGUAGAAGGAGAAAAGGCUGGUCAAUCAGAGGAGAUCCAAAACCUUUAGUUCAUUAGUGAACAAAGAUUUCUUAGCUUGUUUUUUAAAGAUCUUAAUCAUUUCUGAUUUCACGGUUUCAUCCAUCUCUUUAAAGCCCCUUUGACCAAAACGUCUUGUCGGACCUUUUGACAUAUCUUUUUUCAUGUUGUUAUGGUGCCAAAGGUAUCAUAAACUUAAUUUUUCUUCUACUUUUUGGCUUUUAAAGAUGCCAAAAUCUGGACAGACUCUUCAGUCUUGGUAGUUUCUCCUGUCCCUGUGGUUUUUAUUAUUAUUGUAAAGCACUGUCUGUGUCUCUCAGUUAUUCAUGUUCAUAUAUUAACCCACACUGGAGCUAGGGUUAGGGUCAAAUUGUAGUGUAGAUUUAUUUUUAGAUUUUUGUUCUAUUUUUCUUCUUCUUGUUUUUAAUUUUGUUGGUCUUUUUGUGGAUAUGAAUGUUGUUUAGCUGAGGUUCACAUCAUGGUGCCGGGAGGCUGUGUUGAAACCUGUGCGGUUCACAGACUGAAAAUUAGUUAGUGGGUAAUUAAGAAGAGAAAGUCAAUUGGAGGCACAUUAAAACAAAUAAUAAAAAAAAAAUGUGUUGUGCCUUUUUCUUGCCAAAGAGAAAUAAAGAGUGUAAGUGAUAAAAACCAUUAAAUGAUUAUAUUACGUUUGUAAAACAUAUGGAUGCUUUUAUUCAAAGUGCCUUAUAUUUGUAGCAUGAGUGGUACCAGGGGAAAUGUUAAGCCAACAUUAACAACACGGGUAGUGGUUAGAUUAUCUAAUGCAAAGAUCUAAUGUCAAGGUAUCUUCUUACCUGUGUCGGUGUUUGUGCUGGGGCCUAUAAAAUGUAUGUUCAAUGUGUCCUAUGUUGGAGCCUAUAGACCUGUAGGUGUUUCUCCAUUAGCCCUGUUCUGCUUGAUGGAGUUAGUUGUGGUUAGGUUUGGUUUGUACAAAGCUAGCCAAACUGUAGAGCCUUAUGAUUUUAAUAUUUGAAGUCAGUAGUUUCAUCACUAGAAUGAGACAACAGUGGAACAAAUGCCAAACUGUUCAAUUCAAUUAAGAGUUACAAAUGUUAACCCAACAGAAACAGGGCCUUUGCAGCAGCAACUAGGAUAGAGAGUUUGGCAAAUGACCAACGUUGCUAUUAGCUGACCUAAAAGCUAGCAAGUUGUCGUGGUGUUUUUAUAUCCGGUUUGGUUUAGUACUAAAAACAGGGAAGACACUAAGCACUGUUGGAAGAGUAGCAAGAUCUCUGUGUUGAUGCUAAUUGCUUGCUUCUUCUCUGGGGUUUUAGCAGACAAGGUUCACUGUAGUUUAAGAAUAUAUGUAAACUAACUACCUUCUUAGCUCGCUGUCAAACUAACUAGCAAAGUACUUAGCAAGUAAGCUAGGUUAUGUUUAAACCAGGUUUGGCUUUAUUCUAAAAACUGUGGCGAUGUUAGCUAACGUUCACCUAAUUUGGCUUGUCUUGUCUUAGUUGCCUAGUUUGACAGUGUAUAUGGUUACUAGGGCUGUAUUUGAAACUGCCUACUAUACAAAUUAUUUGGCAAAAAUGUAGCAUGCAGUAUGUAGUGUGCAAACAAAAGCAUAUCUGCAGUAUGCCAACAAUACCCGGAUGUUGUACUGAUUUGCAUCGGACCAGUCCACCUCGCCAACUGUGUCACACAAUGCAAAGCGCAGGAAUGGUCCCAACAGCGUAUUUAGCGGAAAAUGGCUAAGUCUGGCCUGAAUUGGUCUAACAGUUUCACACUGCAUACUGUGAUCGUUUGGUAGUAUGUAGUAGGCGGUUUAAUUUCAGCCUAGGUUAAGUAUGAUCUACAGCAGCCAAUCAGACCACAUCAAAGUAAAAUUUUGGUGAGAUACACCAUGCACAUUUUGGGCCAAACGUAGCAGAACUACUGUGUUAAAGGGGGACCCUCUGAGCUGAGGGCCAAUGAGCCACUAGAGACUGAUGGGGAUAAACACAAACACCUUGGACAGAUUGAGUCAUCAGACAAGUCCCACCUUUUACUGCAUUAAGCAGCCAAUCAUUGCAGCCAAUCCUAAUGCCCUCAAGAAGAUUAAUUUAAGGAAAUAAAUAUAAUUUAAUCUUUUUCUGCCAUUAGAGGGUGCAAGUAAUGGCCUUUGUUUUGAAUCCAUACAGAUUUUUACCACAUAGCAUUCAAAAGAGUUUUGUUUCCAGAACUAAUGAUGAGUUUUCCAUACAUAUACUGCAGCAUUCCUCGCCAUAACGUCGUGAUGAUUGGGAGAUCGAGCUUCAACCAAGUAAAAGUAAAGUUGAUUGAACAACAUUCACCUGGAUUGUGCAAAAGUGGUAAAGCACAUUUUCAUUUUUAAAAUGUCAUUUUAUGCCCCAGUCUUUUUAUGUUUUAGUCACUCAGUGUCAGUGUGUAUUAUGUGCAUUACAUGUAUGCAGUAUUUUAAAUCCUCCCUUAGAGAAAAUUGUUCAAAAUGUAAGAUGGCGCAAAUCAACAUCACCUUCACAGGAAAGGAGGAAGACCAAAUAGGUUAAGUUUGAGUGCAUCUUUCAGUGUUUUUGUUGUUACAGUAGUGUUUUUUUUUAUCUGUACUGUAUCUUAACACUUUUGUAAGUGUGUGUGUAUGUGUGUCUAAGAGAAAAUGAGUUUGUGAUUGAGUGUUUUUGACAUUCCUUUGAGCACUGGGAGUUAGUUGGGAUUAAAGUGGUUAAGCGGAGUUGCUCUGUUGUGCCAAAAGAUGUAAUUAAAUGAGGGUGACAGGAUUUUUUAAAGCAAGAAGACCGAAAGUAAGGAAACCACUAAACUCAAUCUCCCAGAGUCCUUCGCUACAGUGAGCCUGUGUAUUUUGUUCUGGUUCCAUGGGAGAGAUAGACAAGUCUUUUAGUUUGAUAGUGUACAGUAAAGUGAUCUAUAAUAUCUCAGUGUGCGAAUGCAGAUUAGGUGUAAUAAUUGUCAGAAUUUAUAGUAGCUGUUUUCUGAUUAUUUCUAUCCUGGGAAGGUGUUGGGUUAUGUCUUUUUUUCCAACAGGAAUUUGAACAUUGAACAUCUAACAGAGAUGUCCUGCUUCAGACAUGUAUUGUACAUAGGCUAGUAGCUGUGUAUAUUAAUAUAUUGGGAGUUGGGAACUUGUGUUCUGUCAUCCCAAGUAAUUUUCACUCUGUACCCUCUCAUGUCUCCGUUUGUUUUUCUUAUAAUAAACAGUCAAAUGUGUCAUACA